AUGGUGACCAAGAGUAACGACUCUGUACCUCGCAGCAGCCUCAGUCAGCUGCAGUCGGCCCGUGAGAUGUUCCCCUGGAAGUGGAAGCUGGCUAUUUCCGCCAUCUUCAUCUCAAAGUUCCUCUUCGCGCUCCAAAUGAUCAUUCUCAUGAGCCUCCCGCGCGGCAGUUUCGAAGAGCUCCCUAGCAUGCAGAAGCUCUCCUGGCAGCACUUCGCCUUCCCCAUCGGUGCCGUCAGCGCCAGCCUCGUCGUGGGCGUCUCCUUUGGUGGCGUCACGUAUCCCUGGAGCUCUGCCCAGAUCAAUGCCUCCUUGUGCGCCUUGGGCGUGCUCUUCAGUGGCUCCGGCUUCCUGCAGGUCUACACUGUCUUUAUCUCUGUCGCUCGCCGUGUCUGUCCCGUCGAGUUCUUUCCCAGCCGCACCAUCCUGAUAUUCUUUGCCAGGGCGGCCGCUGGCGGCAUCGCAAUAUUCCUGCCCAUCUACAUGACGCCGCUAUAUUUCGAGGUCAUCCGCCCAGACUCGGCAUCGAGGUCGGGUGUGCGCCUGCUGCCAUUUAUCUUCGUCGUCAUCUUUGCCAUGGGCAGCAACAUCGCCCUGCUUGCCCGCCAGGCUCUGUACAUGCCCUAG